AGAGCACUCACAGAGUAAGAGCACAACUGUCACAGAGGAAGAAGAGAGGAGAAAUGGGAGGAGUUCUCAUGCAGCAUCACCAAAUCUCUCGCACUCCUCUGCGAAAAGCGGCCUUCGCCGGAUCAUUUGCUCUCCAAAGAGAUGUUGCUCUCCAUCGCGCUCCACGGCGGGGUUCUCUGCCGUGCUCAUCUUCCCUGACGGUCAGAGCAGAAGCCAACGGGUCCUCCACUUCAAGAAUGGCGGUCAAGAAGCACAGCAAAGAAGAGCUCAUGGAGUUCUUCGGGGCCAUCCAGGCCGCCAUUGCCAGGGACUCUCCCAAGCCGCCCGGGAGGACGAGGAAGCCGUCGUCGCCGGCUGACACGCUCGAAGAUGCCGGCACGAAGAUGAAACCACACGAGGGACUGCAGCAAGACGGGCAGCCAAAUUUUGAGGGCAUGACGGUGCCCGAGCUGAGGGACUUGGCGAGGGUGAGGGGGAUGAGAGGUUACUCCAAGCUGAAGAAAGGGGAGCUGAUUGAUCGUCUGAGAGGUGCUUGGUCGUCUGAUAAUUAACAAGUCUUCCUCUCCGAGACAGAAACAGACCGAACUGAUUCGGCUUACAAUCGACUUUUCUUGCGUCUGUUGUUUUCACUGAGGAUUAUAAAAUGGGUCCGUCUAUAUUACAUCUAGAUGUGAGAUAAUAUCUCACAUCUAAGUAUGAUGUCAUCGUCAUCUUUUUAUUGUUUAGCUUAUUUGUUCGAUUUUGAUUUGUCAUAAAGCCUGAAACAAACGAACCAGUUUCGCGUUCA